AUGUCGUCUUCAGAAAGAAUAACGGUCCACAACUUGGCCGAUCUCAAGAACACCUCGGACGAUGCGCUCCCCAACUACCUCAACUCCCUCAAGUUCACCCAGUCCCACACCUUGACCGAUGUCCGUCUGGGCCUCGGCUGGGGCGCGUUCCUGAUCGCCGCCGCUUGCUUUGGCUGGGAUUACAAGUUCGGCUUCGACGCGACCAAGUACUACACUGCGGCCGCCGUGGUCGUCUACUCGAUCCUGAACGGCGCUCUGACGCUAUGGAUCUGGCUCAAGGAGGCGGGCACCGUAUACGAGGGCACAUCGCCGUCGGGUGAAAAGAUCAACAUUGCAACCUCAACAAAGAAGAAUGUACCAAUUUACAAUAUGAAGAUCACCAUCACACCCAAGAACGGCGCAAGCAAGACUCUCGAGCUUGCGAAGCCCUUUAACCAAUGGUUCGACUCUCAGGGCCACUUCGUCGCUUCGCCAUUCCAGGAGAACCUCGCUACCAACAUCCCCACCAUUGGCAAGCUUGAUCCUAAGCGCGUUCAGUCCACCUCCCAAACCUACUCUGCCGACGUUCUCGACGCUCUGUACGCCGAGAGCACCGCGACGGGUAGCGGAAGCGGCGCCGAGGCAGCGGCCAAAGGAUCUAGCAAGCGACGCAAGGCGUAG